GGAAGUGAGGAGGGGGAGUUUAUCUGCAGGUGGACUUGAUUCUCUAUUGUUAUUCGGAAGAGCCAGGUCCAGGAGAGGGCUCCAGACAGCCAUGUGUGGUAAUCAUCAGAUCAAUGUGGGGAGUGGCUGUUUGAGGAGGCAUGAGUGAAAAUAUCCUGCAUGCGGUGAGGAGAGAGGGGCAGAGCAGGGUGGAACAAACUUCUUUCAGAGUUUCUCCUCCUGAUCUCUCAUGGCGUAUGCAGCAUACUGGAUGAGCCUUAAAGGAGAGGCUCCUGCCUCCCCACAGAUCCAUCAUAGCGGCAGGUCUUCAAACUCCUAUUCCACUGCAGGGUCCUACUAUGGCAAGUCGCAGCCUAGCCGGGCCACACCCAAACUGGCCACCCAGGUCUCCACUGGGAAGCCUGCACAGUUCGAGAAGGCAGCGUCAGGAUCCGCCAUGCCUGGGGUUACCACAGCAACGGGUGGAGCCACUCGUAGUGGCAUGACGGCGGGAGGAAGUGCUUCAGUUGGGACAGCAGGAAAAGCCAAAGCAGAGACUAACACUAUGGCAGCUACUGUUAUUGACAUGUCGUCCGCUGGGUCUACCUUUGUUGACAUGACAUCAGCUGGGGCGAGGGCUGCUCCUAAAGAGAUGCCUAAGACUGCUGCCGUCUCCCAAGUCAAAGCUACGGUUACCUCUCCUGCCGCUGGCUUCACUGCAGUGACCAAACCUAAAGAGUCUCCCAAAGGCUCAGCUAAGAGUGCAACUGCGACCACAACAGUCAAGGCCGAGGUGCCUAAAGUUGAUACGGCUAGACCAUCAAAGCCAACUGCAACGGCUGGAAAUGUGUCUGUGCAGGGGAAGAAAGAAGUGACAGAAAUCAAGGUGCAGGCGGAGAUCCCUCCGGCAGCAGCUAAAGGAGCCAAAGAGGUUGAUCCAUUCGAUGCCCUGGCCAACAUACUGCCAUCAGUUGGUCCUGCACCCGUCCUGCCUGUAUACACGGGGCCAGAGGUCGUGGAGCAUAACAUCAUCUCCGAGACGGGUCUGAAAUGCGGAGAAAGAGACAGCACGCUGCCUCCAGGCUACAGAUUUGAUGAUAUGCCUCCAGUUCCUGCAGAUUACAAGCCAAAGGAUGUUCCUAAACCACUGAGCACGGACGAGGCCCUGGACUCUCUUUCAUUUGGAUUUACGUCUCCAGCCGCUCCAGCUGCACCCAAGAAGCAAGAGGUAAUGACUGAAAUGUCUGCAACAGUUCCUACUGUGUCUGUAUGUCCUCCUCCAGCUGAUAAAAAAGCCAAGAUGGAGAAGGAUGAUUUCUCCCUGGAGUCUUGCCUUCCUGCCGCUACUGCCACGAAAGCAGCUCCUCCUGUGUCUUCAUGGAAAGCUCCUCCUGCUGAUAAAACAACCAAGAAAGUGGACACCAAGCCCAAGACGGAUGGGGGUGACUCUAUGUCACUAGAUGCUCUCAGCGCUCUCGUUGACACGCUUCCAGAAGAUUUACCAAAACCUGAUCUCCCUGAACUCAGACCUGAGGACAUCAUCUCGGAGGGCAAACACAAGAAGGAGAAGGGUGUGUUUGUAGGAGAGAGGGAUGACUCAAUUGCUCCAGAAUACAGGUUUAAGAAGGAGGACCUCAAAAAAGUGCCUGCUCUAAAACCUGAGCCCGCCUUGGGUACUGCUGAUGCUCUGGACUUUUUGUCUGGAGACUUCAUGGACUCCUCAUCAGCUCCUCCUGCACAGAAAGCCCCUGUUGUGGCUGUGUGUCCUCCUGCUAACAAAUUCAUGCAGGAGAAAAUCCCUGAUGAUUUCUCUCUGGAGGCUGCAACUGCCACGAAAGUGGAGUCCAAUUUUGCCGUGUGUCGCGGUCCUCCUGCUGGUAAGAAAGCCGAAGUAGAGAAAACCGCUGCCGGAAAGGACAAGCUCAAGAGUGGUCAGGGUGACUCCUUCUCUCUGGAUGCUCUCAGCGCUCUCAGUGACACGCUGCCAGCGGACAUGCCAAAACCUGAACUUCCCGAAGUCAGACCUGAGGACAUCGUCUCGGAGGGCAAACACAAGAAGGAGAAGGGUGUAUUUGUAGGAGAGAGGGAAGACUCAAUUGCUCCAGGAUACAGGUUUAAUAAGGAGGAACACAAAAAGCUGCCUGUUCCUAAACCUGAGCCCACCAUGGGUACUGCUGAUGCUCUGGACUUUUUGUCUGGAGGCUUCUCGGAUUCCUCAUCAGCUCCUCCUGCACAGAAACUUGAGCCCACUUUGGUUAUGUGUGAGAGACCUCCACCUGCUGUCAAGGCGCCUCUCGACACCCCUGUUCCUUUUCCUGUAAAGAAACUUGAGCCCACUUGGGUGUGUGAGAGACCUUACACACGUCCUGUCAUGGCUCCUCUCGACACCCCUGUUCGUCUUCCUGUACAGCCCACCAUGGGUACUGCUGAUGCUCUGGACUUUUUGUCUGGAGGCUUCUCGGAUUCCUCAUCAGCUCCUCCUGCACAGAAACUUGAGCCCACUUUGGUUAUGUGUGAGAGACCUCCACCUGCUGUCAAGGCGCCUCUCGACACCCCUGUUCCUUUUCCUGUAAAGAAACUUGAGCCCACUUGGAUGUGUGAGAGACCUUACACACGUCCUGUCAUGGCUCCUCUCGACACCCCUGUUCGUCUUCCUGUACAGACCAAAGUAGAGGACUUGUCAGCUCUGGAUAUGCUUUCUGAAGACUUUGUGUCUACAACCAAAGCUUCUGGAGUUCAGGCACCUGCCCCUCCUGCAACCAAGAAAAAGACACCAGAGAGAACGGUUUGUCCUCUGGAGCGCCCUAACAAAGUUGACGUCAUCCAUGUACAACCACGAGAGCCAAAACCCAAGACUGAUAAGGGUGACUCCUUCUCUCUGGAUGCUCUCAGUGCUCUCAGUGACACGCUGCCAAAAGACCUCCCUAAACCUGAACUCUCCAAACUCAGACCUGAGGACAUCAUCUCGGAGGACAAACACAAGAAGGAGAAGGGUGUGUUUGUAGGAGAGAGGGAUGACUCCAUUCCUCCAGAAUACAGGUUCAAUGAGGAGGAAAGCAAAAAAAGGCCUGCUCCUAAACCUGAGCCCUCCAUCAACACUGGUGAUGCUCUGGACUUUUUAUCUGGAGACUUUGCGUUCUCCUCAUCAGCUCCUGUGGUCCAGGCUCCUGUCAUCACCCCCUCAGCCCCCCCUGCACAGCCCUCUGCAGACUUUGCUCUGGACGCCUUGGCGGAAGAAUUUGUUUCCUCCAGGGCUGCUUCGACGGUGAAGUCCUCUGCAUGUGCUCCCACAGAAUCUUCCGCAGAUCUGGCCGCAGGAGCAGACAAUGCCCUGGAGGCCCUGGAUGCUCUGGAUGCUCUGUCAGACACCUUGAAGGACAUCACACCCGUCCCUAUGCCCGCCCCAGUUCCUACCAAAGACCUCGUCAAUGAGGAGAAGCUGAAAGAAGAAAGGCUGAUUAAGAUGGGGGAGAGAGACGACACGUUGCCACCAGAGUAUCGACCCACUGGGGAUAUUGGAAAAGUACCUGCACAACCAAAACCUAAGGGGAAGUCUAUGGAUGAUAAGACAGCAUUGGACCUGCUGUCCAGUGACUUCUCUGCUGCUGCCUCUCUACCUGUAGCACCCGUCGCUUCAGGCGCUGCCACAACAAAGCUGGAACCUCCUGUGCUGGACUCAGAGCCCCUGAAGCCAAUGGCUGGCGCUGUCCUGGACACCCUGUCCAGCACCCUGCUCCCAGACGCCCCAGAGUUCAUACCUAAGUCAGACAAACCCAAGGGCAAGAGCAAGUCAAAGUCAAAGUCCAAAAAGCACCAUGCAGAGGAGCCUCACUCUGACCAGCUCCCAGCACCGCCAAGCUCUGACGUCGUGCCCAAAUCUACAAGGAAGGGAGGCAGGAGCUAGACCACUGGGUUGUCAGAGCAAUAUGACCCCCCGGCCACAGGGACUUCAGUGAGGGAGCUGCUCUCUGGAUAAUGAUUCUAUUUUUUCUAAAUCGCCUAGAAUGUAUACUGGAUGAAAGACAAACUAAGACACACACACACACACUCACACACUCUGCAUGUGGCGCCUCUUUUGCUUGGUUUCACAUGUAUUUAAGUAUGUAAGAUGUUGGUUUUCUGUGGAGAAUAUGAAAAGACUGUUGAAACAAGAUGGAGAAUAGAAGAAUGAGAAAGACAGAGGGGGAAACUGGUGGGAAGGAGAGAGAAAGUCAGGUGAUAAUCUUUAGUUUUUGUUGGUUGGUGGUUUGAGCGUGCUGAUGAGAGGAAGGCGCCUCCUGUCAGAGUCCUGGAUGAACAUGUCAGCUGACAGUUGUUCACACACUAAUAUUACAACUGUUGUGAUGUUGGUUGGAGCGGAGGGGGGUGUAUCGUAUCGGGAUGUUUGUGCAAUCUUGAUGUACACAGAAAAGCACAUUUUUCUAUCAUGAUCAGAUGCCAUUAAUACACUAGUCACUAAUGUACAGCUUAGUUUGCUUUCUAUUUUGGACAACACAUAGUUUACAUAUGUGGAGGUUUCCAGGAGCUUAAUUAUAUAUCCUAGGGCUUCUCGCAAAUACUUUUACAUUUCUACAGAGAAAUAUCUGUUUUAAAAAAAGAAGAAGAAGAAGAAGGGUCUUUUGUAUGCAUUUGGCCUUGUAGAAAAAAUAAUUGCUUGUGUCCAGAGGUGCACUUAGUGAACUGAGGUGGCUCCAAGCUUUUUUUAACUGCCUUUGUUUGUAUACUGUUAAAAAAAAAAAAGAAACAAAAAAAAGUUUUUGCUCUAUUAAAGACAACACUGUAAAAGUUAAAAGGCUUUUAAAAUGUAAAGUCCAAAAUCAAUAUACGGCACCCUUGUUUUAAUUUUUUCAUGGCAAAGGUUUUGUGUGGGUGUGAGUCAUAAGAUGUGAGAUGUAUUUUAGAUGAGGGAAUGCUAAUUCAAUAAAUAAAAAUAUGUAAAAACGG